GUUGAGUGAUUUAUAACUCCUCUAUAUAUGCCCUAUGUGUUCCUAGGAAGUAGAAAACAUGCAACCUAGCUAAUUCCAUCAGCUAACUCUAACAAAGUAGCAAUGCAAUACACUAUGCCAUUCACUCUAUCCAAUUUUUUCCAAGUAACCUUGCACAUUUUGCUCUUAUUUUCUUUCUCCUCUUCUCAAACUCCCUCAGAUUUAGAUACAACAUGUAGCAAAACUCUUUAUCCAAGCUUUUGCAAAUCAAUUCUAGCAGAAAAUAACUUGCAAAGUAAAACUAUACAAGAUUAUGGUCAUUUUUGCCUUAGCCAAUCCUUACUUAUGACCAACAACUUCAAGUUAUUAGUAAACCAACAUCUCCAAUCCUCUAACCAAAAUAAUGUUUCUCAAGUUACUAAAUUCGCCCUUCAAGAUUGUCGGUCUCUUACUAGUCUUAACAUCGAUCUCCUUUCUACCACGGCUAAUAUGAUCAAGCCUACCAACAAUCUAAGUAGCAUGGACAUAGUUCACGUCCAAACCAUGCUUAGCGCGGCCAUGACCAAUUUAGACACUUGCUUGGAUGGGCUCAAAGAGGCGCGACCACAAUCUAGUAUGACUCAAUCCCUUUCACCUCGAAUCUCAAACAACACAAUGCUUCUUAGCCUGUCCCUUGCACUUUUUAUACAAGGUUGGGUACCGAAAAAUAACCCAAAUGAUUAUUUAGCCUUGAAAUAUGAUCAAAUUAGAACAAGGGUAGGUAAUUUUGGUAAUAGUGGGAGUAAAUUGCAACAUAUAGGUGAAAUGAUGAAUAUUAUUAUUGUGAAUACUACGGUGGUGGUAAAUCCUGAUGGAAGUGGAGAUUUUACCACUAUCAAUGAUGCAAUUACUGCUGCACCAAUAAAUAGAAUGCCAAAUACUGGCUAUUAUGGAAUAUAUGUGGCUACCGGGGUUUAUCAAGAGUACAUCAAUAUUCCUAGUAACAAGAAAUAUUUGUUGAUCGUUGGUGAUGGUAUUAAUCAGACUAUAAUCACUGGUAAUCGGAGUGUUGGUGACAAUUCGACUACUUACAACUCUGCUACAUUUGCUGUGAAUGGCGUAGGAUUUGUUGCGACAGACAUAACCAUCCGCAACAUAGCAGGGGCUAUAAAGCACCAAGCCGUGGCACUUCGAAACAGUGCUGACCUUUCAGCCUUCUACAGAUGCAGCUUCGAAGGGUAUCAAGACACAUUGUACGCACAAUCCAUGAGACAAUUCUACAAAGAAUGUGACAUCUACGGAACAGUUGAUUUCAUAUUUGGUAACGCAGCAGCAGUCUUUCAAAAUUGCAACUUAUAUGCUAGACAACCAUUACCACGACAAUUUAAUCUUAUAACUGCUCAAGGUCGAACUGACCCAAACCAAAACACUGGAUUCUCAAUCCAAAAAUCCAUGAUUAGAGCCGCCGAUGACUUAGCAUCAAGCAAUUUUACCGUCGAGACUUAUUUAGGGAGGCCGUGGAAAGAAUACUCUAGAACAAUUUUUAUGCAAUCGUUCUUGGAUAAUUUGAUUCAACCUCUUGGUUGGCAUGAGUGGAAUGGAAGUUUUGCACUUGGCACAUUGUAUUAUGGUGAGUACAACAACACUGGACUAGGGUCUAAUACUGUUAACCGUGUCACGUGGCCGGGGUACCAUGUGAUUAUUCGGACCAUGGCAUCUUAUUUUACCGUGUCUUACUUUAUUGUGGGUGACUUUUGGUUGCCCUCUACCGGAGUACCUUAUACCUUAGGUUUGUUUUAAUUACUAUGUAUCUAUAUGUAUAUUUAUACACAAAGGAUGUGUAUUACGAAUAUAUGAUUUCCAUUUAAAAAAAAAAAACUGAAGGGAAAAAAAAAUCAAAAUUAUAAAACAGAAAUCAAUUCUCUUAAGUCUUCAUCAUUAAUGAGGUGUGCAUGUUUUUGAUAUAAAUAUUUACUUUACAUUUUUGUUUAAUGAGUAUGUUUAAAUGUUAUGAAUUAUAGCGCGUCUUGCAUGCGGCUGGUCACCAUGUGACUGCUUGUAAAAAAAACUAAAUAACCCUUCUAAUACUGACUGAGUAACCCCUAUAACACUGAUUGAGUAACCCCUACAACACUAACCAAGUAACCUCUGUAACACUGACAGAAUAACCCAUGUAACACUGAUUGAGUAACCCCUAUAACACUGACCUAGUAACCUCUGUAACACUGACAGAGUAACCCCUAUAACACUGACAGAGUAACCCCUAUAACACUGAUUGAGUAACCCCUAUAACAUUGACCAAGUAACCCCUGUAAUACUGAAUGAGUAAUCUCUAACCUAG